UCGCGCAUUAUAAUCCGCUGGCUUGGUUCUUCCUUGGCGAUCCUCUACAGCUGACUCCCUACGUCGGUCAAGCGGCUAGAGCUACCGAGAACCCUUUCAUCUGGCAGCUUUCGGUAUCGUUACUGGAAAGAGCAACCAGAGCCGGCGUCGAGCUAGGGUGGCUGGACGUCACCCAUCGAUCCCACGGAAACCUUCGGGCAAUGCCCAGCAGAGUCAACUACUCGGACAUGAUGAGAGGCGCUCCGGGAACGAAAAAAUGGCCGGAGUCGACGGUAGCAUUCGCCCAUGAGCUGAGUAAACUACUCGGCCCAAACGCGCCGAAAAGGACAUCUCGUCUUGUUGUGCAAUUUCCUCGCACCAGAGCUACCCGCAGUGGUACCUCGUUCGAGAACCGCACGCAUGUCGAAUGGGUACUGCAUCAAGUGAAGGGAUUUCUGAAAAACGAUCGUUUGACAGAUCUCUCGACGACCAAUCCUGCCAGAAUCCUCAUUGUCCCCCUGUACAAAGCACAGGUCAACCUCUACCGACAGGUGCUAGCAGAUGAACGUUCCAAGGGAUGUAUCUCAGACGAAGAUCUGCAACGCCUCGACGUCCGCACCCUUGACUCCUCUCAAGGCGAAGAACGUGACUUGGUUAUCGUCGAUUAUGUUCAGACUGACCAGGCAGGCUUUUGCACAGACCCAAACCGCAACUGCCUUGCGACAACCAGAGCCAUCCAGGCAGAGAUUAUCAUCAUGAACGAAGGCAUGCUUGCAGAUUUCCGCGCCCAAAAGAGCAAGCUGGCACAGAUCAUCGCUCAUGCCUCCGAGUUCAACUACAAGCUUGAGGUACUGUCUUGCACUAACUGCAACAGCCCGACUCACACAGAUGAUGACUGCAACGACCAGCUUUCGUGUAGCUACUGCAAGCAGCCCGGCCACGCACGUGUAACAUGCCCCAAGAUCAAAUGCAGCAACUGCCGCGAGCUCGGACACCUGACUAGCAACUGCCCCAAGGCGAAGCUUUGUCAACAGUGUGGCGCCAAGGAUUCCGUCAUGCACAAGAAGGCUUGCUUGGGCAGGCGGAUAUGCUCGAACUGCUGGAAGUGUCACACCGGGGAUGCCUGCACCAAGUGCUUUCACUGCCGCGGAGAGAACCACCGAGCGAACGAGUGUCGACUCAACCCGGAAGCUACCAGAGUCAAGAACAAACAACUAUAGUGCAAUCGCGGAUUCGGGGAGAAUUUAUUGUCGCGGGUGACUAUAUAGGUAGUUAGUGAAUGUACAUUGCACUUGGAAGUAAGGUGAGGAGGGCCAGG